AUGAGCGUGCUGUGUCAGUUUCUGUCCCUGGCGAACAAGGACCAGAACCAGUCUGGUCGGACCAAACUGGACCGAGAGCGCGUCAAGCUGUGCAUGGCAGAAGUGGAGUCGAUCGGUCAGCAGGCGAAGACCAUGAGGACGCAGGUGAAGAAGAGCACGGUCCGAGAAAAACUCAAACUCACCUUCGUCUUCCUCCACAAGCUGCGCUUCCUCUCUGACGAGGUCAGUUCAACUGAGCCAAAAUGUCUGUUCAUCUGGGCCUCCCUCAGCCUCUCUAUGACCCUCCCUCACCCUGACCCUCCCUCACCCUCUCCACGACCCUCCCUCACCCUCUCCACGACCCUCCCUCACCCUGACCCUCCCUCACCCUCUCCAUGA